AUGCUCUGCUGUCUGCUGAAAGGUUAUUUUCCUGAACCCAAAGAACAAGGAAAUGUUGCUGGAGAACUUCAAAGAACAGAUUGCUUUGUCUGUGAGAAGCAUCCAGUGGAGCUAUGCAAUAUUCUGGUCUACUUCAUCUACCCAACUCAGGGUGUUGAGUUGGGGGAAGGAUAUUACAAUAGAGACAUUAAGACAAGGAAGACAAGUCAAGGAGUGGAACUCAAUUCUGAUCAGAUAGGGUUGCAGCGGAGUGAGCAGCUUCGAGAGUUAUAUAAGUCCCUCAAAGCUGUAGAUGCCAGCCCUCCAAUUAAGGUGAAGUACUACUCUGAGAAUAACAAGAGGCUUAUUCACUUCUCUACUUGUGAAGUUGCAUUUAUUCUGCCCUGCAGAGUUGACACUUUUCGAGACUAUAAGUAUCUGGGAACCCAAAACCGUGUUGAUGGAAUAGUUGGGGAGUACAAGUGGAUGACUUUUGGAGAAGCAGGUACUGCACGGUCAGCUAUAGGCUCUGGUCUGAUUUAUUAUGGAAUUCCAAAGGGAAGCAGUAAUCUUCAGCCCUUUAGCCACCAAAACCUGAUGAUGUUGCAACUAUUUGCUAUACAAGUGGUACAACUGGAACCCCAAAGUUAUAUAUCAUAUCUCCCUUUAGCACACAUUUAUGAGCGGACAAACCAAGUCAUGCAUGUACAUUUUGAUGAGACUCAGAUCACACAUCUGCCAAAAGAGGUCCAGAAGAUAUUGAGGUUAGAACAUGGCUUCAAUUGGGGUGUCAGAGAUGCUUGGAAACCCCAUCAAGUUGAGUGGUGCAACAAGGUCAGCACCAUCAGCUUCUAGCCCUGCCACCUUCGAGACUGUGGCUCUCUUUGGUAAGAAGAAGGCAGCACCACCUCCUCCUUCAAAGAAAGCUGCUGCUGCUGUCACUCCUGCCAAUGAUGAACUCGCCAAGUGGUAUGGAUUCUGGCUGAAGUUGAAAACCUUGCUACUAAUUGUAAUGAGACUGAGCUUAAGUUGUAUUAUUUCUGUAUUUUUUUUCAAUUUUUAGUUUUGGAAUUCGAACUCAAGAUUUAUUUUGUAUUUGAGUAUUAGUUUUUUAAUGUAUAAAACAAUUAUCGCAAAAAUUGUCACUAAUUAUUGUUUAAUUUAUGUUGUACUAAAAGUUGCAU